CGAUGCGCUGGUGUGGGCCAUUACAAGCUGAACUACCUAACGCCGUCGAGAAAACUAACAAAGGUGUUAUACAACUGACUUUUUCACAACCGCUGAGAUUUUGGAUUUUCUUCAUUUUGUUUUGUUUGAAUUUAAUAUUUUGAAAAAAAUGAAUUCUAUUGGAUUUUUCCUGCUAUUGGCUGCAAGCGUUGUCGUCCUCUCCAGCGCCAUGACCAUCACCAAACCCUGCAGCAAACCUGCCGAUGUUGUCUUCGUCAUCGACACGUCCACCUCCGUGGCUGUCUCGGACUUCAACGACUUCGUCAAACCCUUCAUCCAGAACGUCGUCUCCAUGUUUGACGUCGGCCCGGGCCCCCAGCAGACGCGAGUUGCCGCCCUCGUCUACAGCACGGAGGUCAAGCUCCAGUUUCACCUGGACACAUACGACAACCAGGUGGAUCUGCUUGAGGCUAUCUCCCAGAUUAAGUUUUUAUACGGGGACACGUAUACGGACAAGGCGCUUAAAUACGUCAACGAUCACAUCUUCGACCCUAACCACGGCGGGCGAGAAGACGUGGCUCACAUCGUGGUGGUUAUUACCGACGGGUUGUCCAGUAGGAACUCAAGGACCAGGGUGGAAGCGGCCAGGGCUAAAGAGCUGGGCUCGGCCGUCUUUGCUAUCGGGGUGGGCCAGGCCGAUGAUAAGGAACUUAGCCAGAUCGCCAGCAAGCCAGACUCGCAGUUUAAGUUCAAGAUCACAGACUACAGCGUGUUGGAUAGCAUCAAGGUAGAGCUGGCCAUCAAGACAUGCAAGGUUGAAAUUUCAACCACUACAACAACUUCAACCACGACUACCACAACACCGACAACCACAACUACCACAACCACUCCUGAACCGCCACCACAAAAUGAAUGUGGUGGUAAACCAGCCGACAUCUUCUUCCUCCUUGACUCUUCCAGCAGCAUCUUCAAGCCCGACUUCGAGAAGGUUGUCCUCGGCUACGUCCGUGACGUCGUUUCCGGCUUCGACAUCGGCUACCAAAUGACCCGCGUCGGGGUCAUGACCUUCAGCGACAGCCCCCGACUCGUCAUUGGUUUAGACGCCUACGACAACAAACAAGACCUCUUGGAAGCUCUUUCACCGAAGAUCAUCCGCUACACGCUUGGCGGUACCAACACAGCCGAGGCGCUUAAAGACUUGUUGAAAGUCGGGUUCAACACCCGGGCUCGCGAUAACGUCACCAAAAUCGCCGUGGUCAUCACGGACGGUCACUCCUGGGACGAGAGAGACACGCUGAGGCAGGCGACGCUGUUGAAAGAGAGCGGGGUGCUGGUGUACGCGAUUGGCGUAGGCAAAGGCGUCAAGACCUCGGAGUUGAAUGGGAUGGCCAGCGAGCCUGUUCAGGACUUUGUUUUCACCGUGGGGGACCUGGGCACCCUGGCCCAGCUGAGGAAUGUUCUCGAGGCUUACGCGUGCAUUGGUGAGCUCAACCAAGGAGAUCAAGCAGUCUGCGGCACCGGUCCAACGGAGGUAACGUUUGCGUUCGAUGCCAGCACAAUGACCAACACAGACAAACACCACGUCCUGGAACAAAUCCAGGAAGUGACCAGACGUCUGGAAUCUCUAUCCGGUGACGUCAAACUGGGCGUGGCUUCCGGCGGCUGCCCGCCCAGCAUGGAGAUGGAAAUGUCCAAACCCGCUGACGUCACCAGCAACAUCCGGGAUCUCAAGAACAAAAUCAGGUCCAACCUCAAAUCCGUCGUCAAAGAUUGGAGAGCGUCAAUUUUCGGCAAGUCUAAACUCUCCAAGAAAAGAAAACAGAGGAAGAUCUCCAGGUUUUCGCUGAAAGACUCCAAGAAAGGACUAGUCCUUCUCCUCAACGCCGACUCAGUCCCAGAAAUGGGGGACAUCGCUGAAGAGGUCAGGCUCCUGAUCGAGUCAGGCGCCCACGUUUUCGUGGUACUGGACAAAGCCGUCGACAGGAAGUACGUCACGUUCUGGGAGGAGAUGCUGGGCAACAGGCGAGUGGUCAGCGGAGUGGACACAACGACGGACUACUCCGGUUACGUCAUGGAAUUCACGUGCUCCUUAUAGCCCCAGAGGAAACUGUAGUUGUAGUUUUAAGUUAACGGUAGGAGUUGGAGGACAGAGUCAUUGUACAUUGAACUUUUGUAUAGUGUUUUUCAGCAGUAUUUUCUUGUGUUCUAACGUCUGUUUUCGGACAGAAAAACUUCUAUGCAUAUAUAUAUAUAUAUAUAUAUAUAUAUAUAUAUAUAUAUAUAUAUAUAUAUAUAUAUAUAUAUAUAUAUAUAUAUAUAUAUAUAUAUAUAUAUAUAUAUAUCAGUGGCUUAGC